UGACGGAUAUUUUAUGUUAAAACAAGUCAUGAUAUGACGGCGUUAUUCUUGAUAUCCAUACGCGGAAGAAUGUUACACCGAAGCCUCUAAAUUGGUUGGCGGGGGUUAGAAUGAUGGGAAUGGUGGCGCCGUGCCCGUUGAGGCGGAGGCCCGGUGAGAUUUCGAGGUCCGUCUCCGUCUUGGUGACGGGGUCCCUGCAUCCUGACAGCCUUAGACCAGUCAAACGACAGCCAAAACGACAGGGGUCUAGGGAAUAUCGUUCAGUGUCUGGGAUAUCGACGCCGUUUUCAACUCCGUCUCCUUUUUGCAAAUCGCUUUUCGCUGCUUUUGCUAGACUAACAAGAAUCAGAUAACUCAGUAAUGACAAAAUGAGCCCCAAUUCUGCUCAGGCUAAGAACAAGGGACCCAAGGCCUGUACAACAUGCGCUAAAGCUAAGGCAAGGUGUGUCCCUGGACCUCUAGGGAGCCUCAAAUGCGACAGGUUGCUUUUGUCCCAAACUCGUCUCUUCGAGUGCAUAUACACAUAAGCCCAAAGCUAUCUAAGAUAG